UAAAAUAAUAGCACAAUGUUAACAAGUACUACAUGUUCAGUAUUCAUAAACCAAAUAUUUCUCUCCUUACUUUCCAGGGCAGGAAAACCUCCCCCUGGCUUACAUCUGGAUGUAGUCAAAGGAGACAAACUAAUUGAGAAACUGAUCAUUGAUGAGAAGAAAUACUAUCUAUUUGGGAGAAACCCUGAUCUAUGUGACUUUACCAUUGAUCACCAAUCCUGCUCUCGGGUCCAUGCUGCCUUGGUGUAUCACAAACAUCUUAAGAGGGUUUUCCUCAUAGAUCUUAACAGCACGCAUGGCACGUUCUUGGGUCACAUCCGUUUGGAACCCCACAAACCCCAGCAGAUUCCCAUUGACUCCACGGUUUCCUUUGGUGCCUCCACGCGGGCCUACACUCUGCGAGAGAAGCCGCAGACGCUGCCGUCUGCAGUCAAAGGAGAUGAGAAAAUGGGCGGUGACGACGAGGAGCUCAAGGGCUUGUUGGGCCUGCCAGAGGAGGAGACAGAGCUUGAUAACCUGACUGAGUUUAACACGGCCCACAACAAGAGAAUCUCCACGCUCACCAUAGAGGAAGGGAACUUGGAUAUCCAGAGACCAAAGAGAAAACGGAAGAACUCCAGAGUGACAUUCAGCGAUGAUGAUGAAAUCAUCAAUCCAGAGGACGUGGACCCUUCUGUUGGGCGUUUCAGAAACAUGGUGCAGACAGCAGUGGUCCCAGUUAAGAAGAAGCGGCUGGAAAACCCAGGCUCGCUGAGCAUGGAUGAGUCUGUGACACGGCGCAUGCAGAACUUCCCCUAUGGCGGAGGGUUGUACGGUGGCCUGCCUCCCACUCACAAUGAGGCAGGUUCUCAGUCGCAUGGCAUUCACGGGACAGCGCUCAUUGGAGGCCUGCCAAUGCCCUACCCCAAUCUUGCCCCAGAGGUGGACUUGACUCCUGUUGUGCCAUCGCCAGUUAGCAUGAACCCUGCUCCCAACCCUGCAGUCUUCAAUCCUGAGGCUGUGAAUGAACCGAAGAAGAAGAAGUAUGCAAAGGAAGCCUGGCCAGGCAAGAAGCCCACCCCUUCUCUGCUGAUCUGAGAUGAGAGUGAUGAACUUGAGACUGUUCCCAUGCAGCAUCGUCUUCUGUUGUGUCUUCACCACGUGUAAUAUCAAGAGUGGAGGAGUGAAGUGUCCCUCAAAGAUCUGUCUUCAAACAUUUGUAUAUGUCUGUAAAAACACCUCUCCAACCUCCUUUGGAACCCAAAGGCCACUCCCCCUAAACUAGAGGGACACUGUCAAGUAAAUCAGGCCCCAAACAUGGCCUGGUCCUGCAAACACGUCAGCUCAGCGUUGUGGUUACUACUGUGAGUAACCUUGCUCCGGCAGUAUGCUCUAUCUCAAGAGUUAAGUGUGCCGGGGCGAGCCUAAAUUCAGUACUAAAUAAGGCUUUUGUGUGCAACCGUAAUAGAAAGGGAUUGCUAUUAUUGUUGCACCAUUACAAAGUCACAUGAAAGGCUUUUAAUUUGGCUGUGAACAUUUCCUUGUGUUUGCAACCUAAAUCUUUGCAGCAUCUGGGUAGCUCUUCAGAGGCUGGAGGUGAAAUGAACAAGAAAUAAAAAUGAAACUGACUAGUCAAUUUCUACUUAUCACCCUUUGUUAAAUACAAAGCAAACUGCAAAGAAAUGGUUAGUGUGAACUCCUUGAAAACCCUUCUGCUCUAAUAUCUCAGGUGUGUCAAAGGACACAGAUAAGGACACUUGGUUUUUUAAAGUCUGAUUUUUUUUUAACCUUUCAGCUGACAUGAAAUCUCUUCAAUUGAAGAAGAAAACACACACACCCUUAAGACUUUAGAUCUGUAAAUAGGAGCAGCCAGUCAGCAGAGAAGGGUUGGUCUCAUACAAACUACAUGGUUUUUAAACAUUAAAGAAUAAACCCAUGUUGCGCUUUUCCCUGCUAGCGGCAGGUGGCAGGGGUUAAAGACAAAACAUCAGGUUCCUAAAAUGAUAGGGGUGCGUCUCGGCGGAAUGUAAAAUCCUGCCUCUAAACAAAAGCAGGUUUCCUGGCUUCAGCGCACAACACUCUGGUUUGACCUCAUUUUGUUUUCUUUGUUGAGCAGAAUGAGGAGUUGACUAGAACGCUCCGGCAAAUCCUCCUCAGGAGUUUCUAAAACAGAAAUGUUAAGUUCAUUCAGUAUUUGACUUUAAGUAAAUACAAAGAGAAAUCAGAGCUGUCCUGGGUUUAUUCAGAAGCCUUUGUGUUGUGUGAUAACACAGUUCAUCUAAUCAGUCACUAUAUAAUUUUGGAGAAUUGCUCCAGAAUGUGCUCACUAAAAUGACAACAUCCCUGCUGGGGCAGUAAUGCGUUACAAGUAGUUACCCAGCAAACUAGUGUUGCCGAAACCUGACAGCCAUCGGAGUUAUGUUGCCCCUAAUGUAUUGGCUCUGUCUGGACCCUUGAACUGCUUUGGACAGAUGAUCCAAAAUCAGUGUAAUUUUUGCUUCUACAGAAUGACCACUUCUAUCAUGUUUGUGGUAUAAAAAUGAGCUAAUAACUAUCCAGCCAGGAUUGGUUGAAAUUCCUUACGGCCCGGCUGGUCCCCUGCCCCACUCCGCCAUGUCUGGCUUAAACUACUAGAUGCUGGAGCCUUUCCUGGUCUCAUUUCUCACUGGUGUGAUUGUAACACCCCAUGGUUUAGGUUAACAUGCUAAAUGGCUUGUGUUCCUCCUUAGUCGCUCCGUUCCAAAGCCUCCAACGUCCGCUGCCAGACUGACUUUCUCCCUGGAUUUUUAGUUCUUCUUCCUAGGCUGAAGGAUUUUUCUAUUUCCUGACAGUCUGUUAUGAAGGCAACUCUUCAAGAUGUGACCAGUUAGGGCAAGUCAAAGUUGAACAGAACAGACUUUAUUUUACAAGUGACUCUGUGAGAUCUCCCUGGAGAAGGGGCACUUUCCUGUGUGUUUUGCAGCUCUUCUCCUUGUUGGCUUUGUACAAGCUCUCAUUAUUUCAGAGCUCUGUGGCUAUUACAGGCCAGGAAGGAGGAGUUGGCGUGAAACCUAUGGGCUUUGUACAGAAGUUUGUACAUUUGUGUAAUAGGCCUUUUCACUCUUUCUGUUUAGCUUUUUACCUGUAACCUUUAUUACAUUGUAAAUUAAAUGGAAAUUUUGCCACUUUG